AUGCAUGAUAAGUUACAAGCUUUAGUGGCAAUUAUUGCCUUGGUGCCUGUACUGAAGUUUUGCCUAAGCGAGACAAAGGGUCCAGUUGCAUGCACUGCACUUAACUUCAAGGUCCAACUGCCCGAAGGAGUAACACCAUUUAUGCAUAUUACUCAAAAUGAAUUUAUAUGGCGAAAGCAUAAGAAACCGAGAGAAGAGGAUAUUGCUAUAAGUGAAUGCAAGUAUGAUGCAAGUGAUCCUAAUAGUGCAUGUGUAGGAAGAUGUUUGAAUUUAUUAACAAACAUUGAAUGUACACCGGGAUACUAUCCGUGUGGUGACACUUGCAGAAAUCAGAGAUUCCAGAAAUGUGAAUAUGCAAAAACUAAGUUGUUCAGGACUGAAGGGCGUGGUUGGGGUCUUUUAGCUGAUGAGAAUAUAAAGGCUGGACAGUUCAUCAUUGAAUGUUGUGGAGAAGUGAUAUCAUUUGAAGAAGUAAAGAAAAGAUCUCAGGCAUAUGAAUCUCAUGACCUCAAGGACGUGUACAUAAUUUCUGUGGAUGGUAAUGAUUUCAUUGACUCCACCCGGAAGGGAAGUCUUGCAAGAUUCAUAAAUCAUUCAUGCAGUCCAAAUUGUGAAACAAGUAAAUGGAUAGUGUCGGGGGAAACAAGGGUAGGUAUAUUUGCGAAGCAAGAUAUAUCUGUUGGAAUGGAGCUGACAUAUGAAUAUAAUUUUGAGUGGUACUACGGGGGUGCAAAUGUUCAUUGUCUGUGUGGAGCUGCAAACUGUUCCUUAUUUUUGGGUGCCAAGUGUCGACGAUUUCGGGAGUACAACCAUGUCUGGGAAGAUGGGGAUGACAGAUAUGUCGUGGAUGAUCUUCCAGUUUAUGACUCAACAGAUGAUGAAUCUACUCUAGUGAUCUGUAGAACUAGUGGAGGAAAUGAGCACACAAAGAUAUUGACUGACGGUAAGGGGUCUACGUUCAAGUGGGAACGAACUAAUAGCGCAACUAAAAAGUCUCAACGGAAACCCAAGCUGAAGCGAUUAAAAACUGCUGACCCGAGUUGGAAAUAUGGGAAAAGAGCAAGCGAGACCAAUAAGGCCGAGUUGAGUGUAACUUUUGUAAAAAAGGACGUCUCAUGGUGUGAACAAUGCCCGGAUGCUGUAAGGGAAGAAAUGAAGAAAUAUGUUGAUGUAAAGAAGGAACAAAAAUGUCAGGUUUUACUUCAAGCGGAUGUGACUAAUACUAGUGAUGAUAAAGAUGAAGAUAUGGAAGAAGGUGAAGCUACUGAAUAG